AAGCCUACCAACAAAGCAGAGGUUGCAGCUUUACUGGAUCAUGCACAGUGUUCGACUGAACUUACCUGCCCAUGGGAUAUAAAGAGUCAAUCUCUCGCUCAAUCCUUUCAUUUGCAGAUGAGCUUUCCUGGAAACCCUCAGCUUCCUUCUCAACCCUCUCCCAGCUUUCCAAACGACAUGCGGGUUUGCCUGCGGACACGCCACCUGCAGUCGUUGCUCCUUUCGUGACUCAGUACUGCCUGCCUUUAUGGUAGGAGUUUCAUGCCACUGAGACUUCCUGUAGUAAGGUGAAGCUAGGUCAACCCUGUGAAGCGCAGACUUGGUGCUGACGACCAGCAGCUGAAGCUGAUCAGGCUGUGAAACCUGACUGAGCUCUGGGUGCUAAAAGGCUGGCUGCGUACGCCAGCUGAGCUGCCAUGUCUUCCGACAUGCGCCUGCCUUGGGAUAGUGAUGUGUCAGAAUCAGAAGGGACUCAAGCAGAGGACAUCGAAGGUGCUGAGUACGCUAAUCGAUCCGUUGAUGGUUCUCAGUCUGGACAGUCACUACAAGGGUUCUUCGACGAUCAAGAUUCUGACGGCAUACAAGGUCCAAGCUUCUACAGGGCUCUCAACAAUGAGGGUGAUUCACCCACCUCUCCAUUUGCCAAUUGGUCUACCGACAGCGCUUUCGGAAAGCCGGUCUCUGUAUCACCGUCUCUCAAACGCAAACGCAAGUCCUUCCAAGGGGAAGGCGCGCGCUGCCCAGAAGAAGCUUGUCUCGAGGAGGACAUUGGUGGGCUGGUGUUAACAGGACGGGCGCUCGCGAGGAAGCGACGCCGCACAGUCCUUUCUCAAGAGUCAGAGGGGGCGGAGGAGAAGCACGUGCCCACGCUGCAGCCAGUCUCACCUGAGCUUGGCGUGGCAACAGGCAAUGGUCAUGAUGUAAACCAGCAGUUCUCGGGGUCCGCUGCUGGGGAGCUACACUUCAAGGGCCCUUUUCGCACUCCUUCGCAUCCUGCCGUUGAGCCUCGCUUUGCUGCUGCGGAGCCUACUCCUUUGGUUGAAGCAGCAGGGGGAUCAAAAUCGUCGGUGCCAAAGGCUGGUCCACCGGCGAAGAAAAAGUCACACAAGCGUGCCACCCACAGCAAGCGUGAGAAGCCGAUUCCUGCCCCGAUGGACGAGGCGGCUCGGGUGGACAUUCAGGCGGCUCGUGAGGCUCACUUCCGAACUUUGGAGGGAUUGAGGCCCCAUCCAAACGGGCAAGAGACGACGGCCCGGCGGAUGCCCGAGGCGCAGGGAGGGGGAAAUCAAUGCGCCCAAGUGGCAGCCGCGGCCGAGACUGUGCGGGAGCGCUCGCGCGUGGACGUGACGGUGCCCGAAGUCGGCGAAGAGGACCAGCAGGGUGGCGAGCGUUUCAUAACGGCAGUGCGGCAGUCCAUCCAGCACAGCCCACGGGAAGCGCUUAGGCAUGCUGAGGAACUCGAGAGGCGCCAGGAUGCGCGACAGCGGCUCCAAGGGACCCCUGCCGAGAAUUCCAGUGACGCAUCAAGCCGGUCUUCCGUUGCAGAAGCUGGCGAGCCCAGCGCCGCUCCCAACUUCGAUCCGCGUUCUCGACUCGCGACCUGCGCUUCAGUUGGAGAUGAACUCGAGGGGGGGCAGGACGUGCGCCAAUCGCUCCGAGGGAUUGCCGUUGAAGUUGUCAGCCGCGCAGCAAGGCCGUCCUCUGUUGUGGAUGCUGACCAACCCAGCAUAACCCCAAACCGAAACGAGCCUUCCCUCGAAGAUGAACCUGGCGUGGCAACAGGCGAUGGUGAUGAUGUGUGCCAGCAGUUCACAGGGUCCGCUGCUGGGGAGCUACAUAACACGGACCCUUUCCCCGCUUCUCCACAUCAUGCCGAUGAGCUUCGCUCUGCUGCUACGGAGCCUACACCUUCGAUUGAAGUACAUGGGGUGUCAACAUCAGGGGCGCCAAAGACUGGUCGACCGACAAAGAAGAAGCUACACAAGCGUGUGAAACCAAUCCCUGCCCCGGCGAUGGUGCGCCGGAUGUUCGAGGCGCAGGGAGGGGGGCAUCGAGCCGCCCAAGAAGCAGUUGCGGCAGAGGCACCUGGCGAGCGUCCGUUCGUGGACGCGACGGUGGCCCAAGUCCGUGAAGAGGAGCAGCAGUCUGGUCGCAAGUACUUCGACAAAGCGAUGCGCCAGUCUCAACAGCACAGUCCACGGGAGGCGAUUGGGCAGGCUGAGGAAUUUGAGAGGGGUCAGGAUGCGUGCCAGCGGUUCCCAGGGAUCCCUCCCGACAAUCUCAGCAGCGCAACGAGCCUGGCCCCCGGCGCAGAAGCUGGCGAGCCCAGCGCAGCCCCCAACUUCGAUCUGCCUUCUCGAUCGGCAGCCUGGGCUUCAAUCGAAGCUGACCUUCAACCAGGACGGGGCGAGGGCUCGGACGAGCGCCAGCAGCUCCAGGCGAUCGCAGCUGAGGUUGUUAGCCGCGCAACCAUCCCGCCCCCUGAUGUGAUGGCCGGCCAACGCAACACAUCCCCCAACCCGAACGAGCCUCCUCGAUUGGAUAGCGAGGCUUCCUUCGAAGAUGGUUUUGAGGGGAGCCAGGACGAGCGGCAGCAGCUCCGGGGGUUUGCCGCUCGAGAUCUCAAUAGCGCAGCCACGCCCCCCCCUGUUGUGGAUGCCGGCCAACCCAGCACAGCCCCCACUCGGAACGAGCCUUCUCGACCCCGAGAUCAGGCUUCCAUCGAAGAUGAUGGUUCGUCAGUGGACCCUCGCCCUGGCCAGAUCGUGGUCCACGAGGAGCACGGCGGGAAGUUGCUGACCGUCAAGAAGGCGGAGCUGGGCACCUUCUUCUUCGCCAAGCGCAAGUUCGACGACAAGGUCGACUACCAGGACGCGAAGAACGGGCCGCAGGGUUGCUGCCGUCGUCACGGGGAAGUCCUUGGCCAUCAGGUCGAAAUCCGUCGCCUGCGUCCCUCCCGGGAGUUUGGGUCUUACCCGGAUUGGCCCUCAGCCUACCCCAACCUGCGCGACGAGCUUCACCUGGAGGAAGCCAUCAAAGCGGGGUGUCCCUGCAAGCCGUACCUGGAUCUGGAACGAGAUGGGGGCCUGCCGGACGGGGAAACCCUCGAGACGGUUAUUGGCGCCUUCGAGGAGGCAAUCAAGGCCAUCUUCGAAUCGGAAUACGGCCUGGAGCUCCCAAAGGAAGCCUUCAAUUGGAUCCCCUGCGACUAUGGGCCAGGCGGCAAAUUCAGCUUGCACCUGGUCAUCUCCUCCCACUCCCCCCAGUUUGUCUACCGCUCCAACCUGGCGCCCCCGGCGGACCCCCAAGGAGCGGGGCAUCUCGCGAGGAAGUUCGGUCUGCGCUUGCCGGACUGCUACGCCGAGCUCAUUGAUCAAUCGGUCUACACCAGGAACCGGGGGAUCCGACUCCCCUUCUGUUCGAAACCCUCUAACCCCCACAGCCGCCUGAUUCCCUUGGACGAGAGUAAGCCGUACGCGGACGCCUGCAUUACCUGGUUCGAUGACCACGUUCAAGCGAUCAAGGUCCCCGACGUCCUGUUAAGAGCAGUGCGCCCGCGCGAGAGGCCGGAGAAUCCAGGCCACCUAAACCCCAGAGCUGCGAGCAUGUAUGAGGUGCAGCGGUGCACAGAGCUCAUCCAGAAUCUGCACCCAACGGCGUACCACAGGGGUUCGGCAAACUCGCUGAACUUUAGCUGGCAUGAUCGGAGCGAGCCAUGCUACUCAGGGCAUGUGCAUGCUGGGGGGCGGGACAUCCUCUGUGUCGCGGAUUGCGAGAGGAACGCCGUGUUCGCGGUGUGCAGCAGCGAGCGGGUCGAUCCAGAGACGGGUGUGUGCUGCAAGAACCUGCCGGCCAAGUACCUCGGGCCCUACUGGGUGGACAACGAGACCUGGAAGGAUGGUGCUGCCGAGAUCGACCUGAAGUACCUGGAUCGGGACCCGCUGGCUGCCGCACCCAUGGAUCUGGCGCUGAUCCGUGCCGGGGUCCGCCCUUUGACUGACAAGGUGGUCUUCAACGACAUCGUGAACAAGUGGCUGGAGGGCCGGUACAAGACUCUGCCGAUCAGGAGUCCCAUGGGGAGCGGCAAAAGCAUGCUUCUUGCGGCUCUUCUCGCUGAGGUCUCCAGAUCUGCAUGAUUACUUACCGCCGCACGCAAGCUCUUGACGCGGCAGGCAAGCACCAGACGUUCUCCCACCACGAGGAUCUCAAGCAGGCGGAGGGGUGUAUGCUCGGCGACCGCUUCAUCCACCCUCUUGCCGACCGGGAACUCCAUCCCCGCGUCAUCGUCCAGCUGGACAGCCUGCCCGGGCUGCUCGCUGAAGAUGACGAGGAUGCCCCCGCGUUCGACCUGCUCGUUCUGGACGAAUGCGAGUCCAUUUUGGCACACUUCUCGGCAGACACGCUUCGAGAGAGGCACAGAGUCAUUCAGCUUUUUAUUGAUAUGAUGAAAAGAGCGCGGCGGAUCAU